AUGGAUGAUGAUCAAACGAGGCGCAGUCCUAGUCCGAGCAAGCGGAGACGCAAGGGGGGCAGCAGCUUGUCUGGACGAAGUGCCUUGCGCACUGGUAGCAUCGUUCUCUCUGAGCGCACUGUGUUCACUGCAACAAGUAGUGUAAAGCGCACCGCCAGCCCGAGUCGCCACCUUACGGAGCUGCGGACAGCUCAGCCCUCGAUUUCGCUCGCGCCUAUAACGAUGCCUCCGCAACCGCUAUUGCAGGACACCAUGACAUGUUUGGCACAUUUGAGAAGACAGCUGGGGACUGCGAUCAAAGACCGCUAUAUCCCAGGUGGUCUGAAACAUGCGAUUGAACAGGAUCCUGAUUUUCGUCUGUCCCUAAGUAUGGAACCCUUCGACGAAGUGGCGUUCGACUACGACGAUACGCGCUCGCCACAUGACUUGACUCUGGUUGACGUAUUGCGAAGAGUAAAGGGGAUAUUUCAAAGCGCCGGUCUCUGCUCACAAUGUGGAAAGAACGAGAACGCGUGGUGCUUCGGAGUCAUUUGGCCACUGAUCGAGCUUGCUGUGAUACUGCAUGGCAAAGGCCUGUGGCGACCUGAAAGCGUACAAUCUCAAGGAAUAAAUCUACAAUACCUUUCAUACAUAGCUCAUUCCUCUACACCGAGCGAGAAACAUCAUCUGUUUCGCAAGACCGACUUUUGCUUCUCAUACUCAUGCCUCAAUCCACGCUUCCGUGUACUCUAUGAACGACUGGAGGCAGCAGGCGCAAUACCUGUGUCCCAUACCACUGACAAUUUUACAUCGAGAGCUGUUCUUUUCUCGGGCAUAGAAGUCAAGCCAGAAACGGGUACCAGAAAGAAGCAGAACUGCAGAUGUCCAUAUGGAUGGUGGCGAGUCUACGGAAAAAGAUGGAGCUGGUCAAAGACGCUCUGGCGAAAACGCCAGUGCCACAAGACCAGACCUGUUCCACUCUUGAUGCGGAGCCUGAAUCGAGUGAAGUCCAGAGGACCGGCACGGCGGUAGAAGAGCAAUCUUUCACGAACCUCCUCGAACCAGCUCUCACGAUCAUCGGUCACGAACACAAAACCCACUAUGCCUUUCCCUGCACUGUUCACGGCGACACCACAAUACUUGGCCCGGAUGAAAUCUUAUGAACCUAUCAACACGGUCUCCAAAAGGUAUCUUCAAGCUCGCUAGCUUCUAUAGUGCUAUUCUGGAAUAUGGAUCUCGAAGCGAAUCGACUGUCAGACAGGAAUCUGAAUCAAGAACGUGAUGUGGCUCCUGGAACUAUGUGCUUGAAAGGCUUGGUUCAGGCAGUGUUUGACGAGCUUGCUAAAGC